AUGUCUUCGGAAGCUGAAAAUAUUAAUGGGACAUUACACCCAUAUGCUACGCAUAGGUCAAAUUCUUCGGUGCGGCGUGUGAAGUCUUCAAAUGAAAUCUACGCCGCUCCUCUGAGUACGAGACCAGACGAUCCUGGAUAUUUUGCAAUCACAAUGGUCAAAAAAGCAACUCAAGCGAUGAGCACGGCGCGAAUUGCCACUGAGAGAUUGAAUCGAUACCUCUAUCAACGCGAUGCCGCGCAAGAGCAGGAAUUUCAAAUCACCUGCUGUGACCUGGGACGGAGGGCCUGCUGUCAAAAUCUCACCUCUAGAACCCUACCGGAUGCGGCUACAAAUUUGAAUCCUUUGACGUGGUCACCAAAUUUACUCUCCAGUCCUUCCCCCACCGCCAAGCCAUAG